CGGGACGCGGCGGAGCCCGGGGACCGCGGGGACGCCGCCCACUCCGCCGGAUAGUGGGGCCAAGAUUGUGAACUUUACUGACAUUCUGAUGUGAGGAGCUCCGCCAGAGCCAAAAGUGGAGCCUGGCUAGAUUUGCAGCCUGAAGCCAUGGGCCAGGGGGCCAUGGUGACUUGAGACCAGUAGACUCUGUCCAGUUACCCCCUACUGUUCCUUCUACCUCCCCUACCCUUUACUAAGUGAACUUGACUCACCUUUUCAGGGAGCUGACCCUGAGGGAAUCCCUUUCCCUUAUUUUCCUAUCCUUUUAUCCUCUCAAGACAGUUCCAGACUAUAGAACUCCUACCUCCCAUCCCCUGUGGUGGUUCCCAUCUCUCCCUCAUUUCCCCCGCCAUGCUUCAGCUGUGGAAGGUGGUACGCCCAGCUCGGCAGCUAGAACUGCACCGCCUCAUACUGCUGCUGAUUGCUUUCAGCCUGGGCUCCAUGGGCUUCCUGGCUUACUAUGUAUCCACCAGCCCCAAGGCUAAGGAACCCCUGCCCCUGCCCUUGGGAGACUGCAGUAGUAGUGGGGCAGCUGCCCCUGGCCUUGCACGGCCUCCAGUCCCUCCUCGAAUGCCCAGGCCUCCAGAAACAGCUCGAACCGAACCAGUGGUCCUUGUGUUUGUGGAGAGUGCAUACUCACAACUGGGUCAGGAGAUUGUGGCCAUCUUGGAGUCUAGUCGUUUUCGUUAUAGCACUGAGUUGGCACCUGGUCGAGGGGAUAUGCCCACAUUGACUGAUCAUACCCAUGGCCGCUAUGUCUUGGUAAUUUAUGAGAACCUGCUCAAGUAUGUUAACCUGGAUGCCUGGAGUCGGGAACUGCUAGAUCGAUACUGUGUGGAGUAUGGUGUGGGCAUCAUUGGCUUUUUCCGAGCCCAUGAGCACAGCCUACUGAGUGCUCAACUCAAGGGCUUUCCCCUUUUUUUACAUUCAAACUUGGGACUACGCGACUACCAAGUGAAUCCUUCUGCCCCUCUGCUACAUCUCACUCGCCCUAGCCGCCUGGAACCUGGGCCACUGCCUGGUGAUGACUGGACCAUCUUCCAAUCCAAUCACAGCACAUAUGAACCAGUGCUUCUUGCCAGCCUUCGGCCAGCUGAACCCCCUGUGCUAGGACCAGUGCCUCGUCGGGCUCGACUUCCCACUGUGGUACAGGACCUGGGGCUUCAUGAUGGCAUCCAGCGGGUGUUCUUUGGCCAUGGCCUUUCAUUUUGGCUCCACAAACUUGUCUUCGUUGAUGCUGUUGCAUACCUCACUGGCAAGCGCCUCUGCCUGGACCUUGACCGCUAUAUCUUAGUAGACAUUGAUGAUAUCUUUGUGGGCAAAGAAGGUACCCGCAUGAAGGUGGCUGAUGUUGAGGCUCUCUUGACCACCCAGAACAAACUCAGGACUUUAGUCCCCAACUUCACCUUCAACCUGGGCUUCUCGGGCAAGUUCUACCAUACUGGGACAGAGGAGGAGGAUGCAGGGGACGACAUGCUGCUGAAGCACCGCAAAGAGUUCUGGUGGUUCCCCCACAUGUGGAGCCACAUGCAGCCACACCUGUUCCACAAUCGCUCCGUGCUGGCUGACCAGAUGAGGCUCAACAAACAGUUUGCUUUGGAGCAUGGGAUUCCCACGGAUCUGGGGUAUGCUGUGGCCCCUCACCACUCGGGCGUGUACCCCAUCCACACGCAGCUCUAUGAGGCCUGGAAAUCUGUGUGGGGCAUCCAGGUGACCAGUACCGAGGAGUAUCCCCAUCUCCGUCCUGCCCGCUACCGCCGUGGCUUUAUUCACAACGGCAUCAUGGUGCUGCCCCGGCAGACAUGUGGUCUCUUCACUCACACAAUCUUCUAUAAUGAAUAUCCUGGAGGCUCUCGUGAACUAGACCGGAGCAUCCGAGGAGGAGAGCUCUUUCUGACAGUGCUACUUAAUCCGAUCAGCAUCUUUAUGACCCAUUUGUCCAAUUACGGAAAUGACCGGUUGGGCCUGUACACCUUUGAGAGCCUGGUGCGCUUCCUCCAAUGCUGGACACGGCUGCGCCUACAGACCCUUCCUCCAGUCCCUCUUGCACGAAAGUACUUUGAACUUUUCCCCCAGGAGAGAAGUCCCCUUUGGCAGAAUCCCUGUGAUGACAAGAGGCACAAAGAUAUCUGGUCCAAGGAGAAAACCUGUGAUCGGCUCCCCAAAUUCCUCAUUGUGGGACCCCAGAAGACAGGGACCACAGCUAUUCACUUCUUCCUGAGCCUGCACCCAGCUGUGACUAGCAGCUUCCCUAGCCCAAGCACCUUUGAGGAGAUUCAGUUCUUCAAUGGCCCUAAUUACCACAAGGGUAUUGACUGGUAUAUGGACUUCUUCCCUGUUCCUUCUAAUGCCAGCACUGACUUCCUGUUUGAAAAAAGUGCCACCUACUUUGAUUCAGAGGUUGUACCACGGCGGGGGGCUGCCCUCCUGCCAAGAGCCAAGAUCAUCACUGUGCUCACCAAUCCUGCUGACAGGGCCUACUCCUGGUACCAGCACCAGCGUGCACACGGAGACCCAGUUGCUCUGAACUAUACCUUCUACCAGGUGAUUUCAGCUUCCUCCCAGGCCCCUCUGGUACUUCGCUCUCUGCAGAACCGCUGUCUUGUCCCUGGCUAUUAUUCCACCCAUCUACAACGCUGGCUGACUUACUACCCCUCUGGACAGCUGCUGAUUGUGGAUGGGCAAGAGCUACGUACCAAUCCUGCAGCCUCAAUGGAGAGCAUCCAGAAGUUCCUGGGUAUCACGCCCUUUCUGAACUACACACGGACCCUCAGGUUUGAUGAAGAUAAGGGAUUUUGGUGCCAGGGACUUGAAGGUGGUAAAACUCGAUGUCUAGGCAAAAGCAAAGGCCGGAGGUACCCAGAUAUGGACACUGAGUCCCGCCUUUUCCUUACGGAUUUUUUCCGAAACCAUAACUUGGAGCUGUCGAAGCUGCUGAACCGGCUUGGACAGGCAGUACCCUCGUGGCUUCGGGAAGAACUGCAGCGUUCCAGUCUGGGCUGAUGUUCCCAGCCUUCCAUUACCAGCAAAAAGCAGGGCCCACAAGGGGAAUAAGAGUGGCCUGACCCCUCCCCCUUCUACCUCAGUGGCCCCCCCAGGCCUGCGAUGGCUGAGAAGGAAGGGCAUCUCUUUCCCAUAGCUCUGGGGCCUGAUAGUGAGGCUUUACUUGGUACCCCAUGUCAUGGUACUAGGUACCUUUGACCCAUGAAAUUGGGAGGUGGGAGAAAUAAGAGGGUCCAGACAAGGUGUAGAGGAAUGUAACAUAUUAAUCCAAUGAUUUUCCUCUGCAGUCCCAGCAGUAUAUCUAUCUAUACCUGGCUAAGAGAGGGACCUUUUAUUGAGGCCCCUUUAGUCAGGCAGUGGAUCUACGUGGGGCCCGGCCUCCCUAAGUCAUUCACAUUGAAUGGGGAUGAGGUCGUACAGUGGCUCUUAGAGCUGAGUAUAAGCCCAAGCUGUGGGCUAGAAAUGUCCGUAAUAAACAUCCUUAUUUUUCUG